AUGGCCAUCACCAUCUCUACCACCGCCGUGGACGAAAACAACCACGACUUCGAGUUCGCCCAGCGCGGCCUCGUCGCCACCUUCCAAGACCCCGUCAUCAUGUCCGACUCCGGCCACACCGUCGUCUGGGACACGCAAGCCUACGACUUCCUCCAGGACUCCUGCCCGGACACGGCCAACCCCUCGCUCUGGCGGCAGGGCCAGCUCUGCAGCGCCACCCCCGGCCUGUACCACGUCGUCGACGGCAUCUACCAGGUCCGCGGCCUCGACCUCGCCAACAUGACCAUCGUGCGCGUGCCCCGCACCAACGGCAUCGUCAUCAUCGACUGCCUCACGUCCGUGGAAACGGCCCGCCGCGCCCUCGAGCUCUACCAGGAGUUCCACCGCGAGAGCCUCGGGGGUACAGAUGCAGAGAUCAAGGCGCUCAUCUACACGCACUGCCACGCGGACCACUUCGGCGGCGCGCAGGCCAUCAAGGACGCCGCCGGGCCGGCGAACAACCUCCGCAUCCUCGGCCCGGACGGCUUCCUCUCGCACGCCGUGAGCGAAAACAUCUACGCAGGGGCGGCCAUGUCCCGCCGCGCCGUGUACAUGUACGGCGAGCGGCUCGACAAGUCGCCCGCCGGCCAGAUCGGCGCCGGGCUCGGCCAGGCGCUCUCCUCGGGGACGGGCUCGCUGCUCGCCCCGACGCAGAUCAUCACCGCCGACGGCGCGCUGGAGCCCGCCAUCGAGGGGCUGGAGAUCGUGUGCCAGCUCACGCCGGGGACGGAGGCCCCCGCCGAGGUCAACUUUUACUUCCCGCAGUAUCGCGCGCUGUGCAUGGCCGAGAACGCGACGCACACGCUGCACAACAUCCAGACGCUGCGGGGCGCGCCCGUGCGUGACGCGAGGCUAUGGUCGCGCUACAUGGACGAGUCGAUUGCGCUGUUCGGCGACAAGUCGGACGUGGUGUUUUCGAGCCACCACUGGCCGACGUGGAACAACAGCUCUGACGAAGAUGACGGCAACCUCAUCGUGACGUUCCUGUCGGAGCAGCGCGACUACUACGCCUACCUCCACAACGAAACCCUCCGCCAGCUCAACGACGGCCAAACGCCCCUCGAGAUCGCCGAGUCCAUCACCAUGCCCCCCAGCCUCAGCACGCGCACCAACCUCCGCGGGUACUACGGCUCGGUGAGCCACAACGUCAAGGGCGUGUACGACCGGUACAUGGGCUGGUUCGACGGCAACCCGGCCAACCUGUGGCGGCACGCGCCCGCCGACGAGGCGACGCGCUACGUGGCGUGCAUGGGCGGGCGGGAGGCCACGCUGGCCAAGGCCCGCGAGUGGCGCGCGGACGGGGACCUGCGCUUCGCGGCGACGCUGCUCAACCAGCUGGUCUUCUCGGAUGGCAAUGGUAAUGACGUGGCGGCGAGGGAGGAGCUCGCGUCUGUGUAUACGGAGUUGGGGAGGGGCGCCGAGAACGGCACCUGGCGGAAUAUUUACCUGACGGGUGCGCACGAGCUGCUCCACGGACCCGAGGCGGGCACGGAGGCGAUGUCGCCCGAGUCGCUCAUGGCGUUGAACCUGGAUGAGUUGUUCGACACCAUGGCCAUCCGCAUCAACGGCCCCAAGGCAGUACUGCACAAAGGCGUCACCAUCGACUUCAUGGUGGAGGGCAUGCAAGUCGACCCAAAGACAUCCGCCAAGGGCGCAGGCUGGCAUCUACGUCUAAGCAACGGGGCGCUGACGGGCCGUGCCGUCGAGUACGUGGCGCAUCCAAAGCGGCGAGACAGCAACGUCGACCUCACGGUCUGGAUCGCUCACGUUGGCCUCGUGGCCCUCGUCGGGAGCGCGACGUUGGGCACCCCCAAGAGCCUCGACUCCGUCAAAGCCGUCACCGCUGGAGAUGCCGGGGCCUGGGACGCUGUCACAUCCCUCAUUGUCGUUCCCAACCCGGCGUUUAACAUUGUAACUCCAUGA